GGGAAUAACAUUGGGUUUAAAAACAUCCAUUCUUUUAAUUGAAUUCCCUGAUAUUAGUUUGUUGAACAAAGCUGCAGAGCUGUGUAAAUAUGAUGGAAACAGCUGAAGACAUCUUGGUGUGACAUGAAAACCUGCCUGUCAAUAACUGAGGAUUAUCGAGGUCCGUGGAACACCUUCAUCUGCAGAGCCCCGUAUAAUCUGGAGCAGGAUAUAACAAGCUCCCGACUCCUCCUCAUCGUCAGCCUCUGUGGACGCAGCGCAGCAGAGGUUUGCGUCUCUGCGUGGGUGACGAAGCGAUGGCCGUGUUUUUGGACUCUGAGUUCCCUCUGAUCAAGCAGAAGCAGCAGAAGGAGCUGGUGGAUCUGAAGAUGCGGUUUGGAGAACAGGAGGCCUGCAAAGAUGGUCAGAGUGAGAGCACUGUGUCCUCUCAGGAGGCAGACAGAUGCCCUGCUUUGAUGGAGGGCCAGAGGAAAAGGAAGAGGACCAUAUUCAGUCGAGCCCAGCUGUCUGAGCUGGAGCAGGCCUUCGCUGUGACUCCGUACCCGGACAUCACCCUCAGGGAGAGGCUGGCUGCACACACACACCUGCCAGAGAGCAAGAUACAGGUCUGGUUUCAGAACAGAAGAGCCAGAAGUAUCAAAACAGGCAGACUCAGCAGACCCACCAAGUCCGAAGGUAGGGGUCGGGGUUUCCUGGAGCCCCCUGUUGGACAUGGGGCCUCCACUUAUCCAGCCACAACCAGCCUGGCAGAUAUAUUCAGGCAGGACCAGAGCCACUCCUGUGAGGAGGUGCCUCCGCUUUACUCAGACUGGAUCCAGAUUUAUAGCAACCAGGCGUCGUCCACGCCUCCUUCGUGUCCGUCCCUUCCUCAGCAGCCGCCGCCGAAGCUGCUCCAGAGCUGCUCCAAAGCACCAGACGGUCACCGCUGGGAUGAAGAGCAGCAGCUGGGCUCGAGAUUCAGCAGCUUCAUUACUGGAUCAUUUCCGCAGCCAAUCAGCAGGCAGAGUCAUCACCAUCCCUCCACGCGCUCCUACCAGGCGUUUACAAACUUCAAAACUCAGAGCCUGGCUCCACCUCUGACCCAUCAGCACAUGUAUGGAGCCAACUCUGGAACUGGAGGACACAGCUCAGUAGACCAGGUUGUCCCUUCACACCCUCAACCAAUGUACUGGGAGGUCACUCAGGGUCAAGGCCACCGCCAUCAUCAUCAUCAUCAUCCACAAAUAGGACCUCAGACUUCCAUGGGUUACAUCUCAGAUCUGAUCUACAAUGCUGCCAUUGUGACCAAUUUUCUUGAGUUCUGAUGACCAAUGAACAUAUUUGGACCCAUUCCUGUCCAAUUUAGCAAUUGAUUAAUCGUGUUAAUUAUAGUAUACAGAAUUAAAAGGGCCAUUUUGCUGAAAGAGAAACACAGGUAUUAAGCCAAAACUGUACAAAAAAUAUACACAUUUUGCAUUAAAAUCCUCCCCACCUUUGUCUGUGAAUAUGCUAAUCUCCUCGAGUGGCACAGCGUCACUGGGUUCAAAUUCUGUAUAUAAAAUUCAUCUGGCAUCUAAUUAUUAGAUCAGCUCUACACUGUGGAGAUUUUAAGUUAAGCAGAAAUAUUUUUCAGGUGCACAUGCA